AUGGCACCAGGGCCAGCACAGCAACCACCAACAGCACCACAGCCACCACCGACAGCAAUGCCAUCACGGACACCCCUAACGGCGUUAUCAACAGCACUGCUCAUAGCACGGAUCAAGGACAGCAAUACCAACUACAAUACUAACUCAAGCCAGUCCCCACGACACGCUGCUUCUGAUGAGUCACCCCAGCUGACAGCUGUUGUACCAGCAACAUCUGUGCCGUCACGUCUUCCAAAUGCACAGCUUGCUUCUACUUGCGACAGUGUUGCAGUUCCAGUUGAGUCCAAUGUCCACCACCACGAUCACGACAACAACAGCAAAGACAGUGAAGGCACCACCAGCAAUAACCAAGAUGGCGACAGCAGCUGCAACACAAAUAUUGUUCUCAACAACUACAACCAUGACAGCACGAAGACGACCAUCACCAGCCAUGAUGAAGACUGCAAGAGCACCACCUGCGAUGACACCCACGAACACAACAACAACGACAGCGCUAUCAACGACGGCAUGAAGAUGAACGCUGGCCGUAACGAUGAGGACUGCAAGACGACAAUCGUUGCCAGCAGCACCGACAACAGUGCUCACAGCCACAGUGCCACCAACGACAACAGCAGCACCACCAACGACAACAGCAGCACCACCAACGACAACAGCAGCACCACCAACGACAACAGCACCACCACCAACGACAACAGCACCACCACCAAGACAACAGCAGCACCACCAACAGCAGCGGCACCAGCAGCACCGACAACAGUGCUCACAGCCACAGUGCCACCAUGA